AUGCUCAGACCGAAGCUGAUUUAUACGCAGUAAAGAAGGCCUUCUUAACCUCAGUCUUCAGCCACCACCAGUUUUACCUACUGCCACUGGCACGCACAUACACCAACUAUUCCAGCAUGUCCUCUCAGACGGACACAGAUCGGCGAACCGCCGAAGCGCGUGCUGCUGUCACUGCAUCCUUAUCUUCGGUCGGCAGCUCUAUGGACACGGAAAUGCGGACACGAGCUGCAGACAUACACGCAAACGCCAUCGCCAUAGAAAAGCAAGAGAAAGACCUGGUGAAACAGACGGCUGCUUUGACAAAGCAGAGCGCGCAGUGGCAGAAAAUGGCCGACACGAGCACGAAAAAGCUGAACGAAAUCGGAGAUUUGCAGAACUGGGCGGAGAUGAUUGAGCGCGACCUGCUUGUGGUGGAGGAGACUUUGAGACUGGUGGAGGGCCGCGAACCGCCAGACACUGCCAGUGGCACGAGUGGAUGGGCAUAGGUGUUUGCGGCCAGGAGCCAGGGAGCGCGCAUGCGGAACACGCUACGGCAUUGUCGAGAGGAGGAUGAGUGGGCAGAU